AGUUGGAUCCUCUUCCUGUUCCGUUGGAUUUUGAUCUGUUGAUUGCUGCAUUGCAAUCAACACAUAAGGAAUGUCGGGUUGAACUGUUCCUCAAAGUCUUCUAUCUAGCCAACUAUUAAUAAGCCAACCUCAGGACAAGAAGAAGACAUAGAUAGUCUAAACCAUGGACGAAGACGAAGUGCCUACGGCUCCUGUGUGGGUUUGGAUUGUUCUUUCUUUGAUCGCGGUGGUCUCUUUCUGGUGUCAAGCAACCGUAACAGAAGAACGAUUUGUCCCUGCCUUGAAUGUGAUUGCGUACGAGUACAACAUCCCUAAUGAUAUUGCGGGAGCCACUCUAAUGGCUGCAGGUGCCUCGUCGCCAGAAUUGUUUUCUUCUUUUGUGGCUCUCUUUAUCACUCAUUCGGCACUGGGGCUGGGUACUAUUGUGGGAUCUGAGAUCUUUAACCAGCUGAUUAUCUGUGCUGGGGCUGUUUUCGCUUCCAGCAGUGGUCGACUGCAGCUUGACAAACCGAUUGUCCUGCGUGAAGUUGGAUUCUACGGGCUUUCCAUUGGCCUCCUGUACUUUGCGUUGAACGAUCGACGCCCAUCUGACGACGAUGAGCUCGGGGAGGAUCACAUCUUUAUCAACUUUUUGGAUGCAUGCAUCCUGUUCGGAGGAUACAUUGCCUAUGUGCUAGUCUGUGCCAACAUGGACGCAAUUGUCGCCUUGUUCUCAGGGACAUCAAGGGCACCACCAGCCGACAGUGACAACAAGGCCAACUAUGGAGCAGUGGAAGGUCUUGCCAGACCCGUCAGCUUCAAUCUGCCAGAUAUGCCAUUCAUGAGGGAAACCUUUGGGCACGAACCUGUUGCCAACUUUGCAGACUCGAAGCAAGCUUUCCUGCGAACUCCCGGUGGACUUGCUGUCAACGACUCCCAGAGAGGGUCAUUCUCAUCCAUUCCUGAAAGCUUGAGAAGAUUCUCCGAUGGACGGUCUUUGCGGCAGUUCUUCUUUAGUGUCCGCGAUGACAAGCCCAGUGAUGAACAUGGCUUGCAUGACAUCGAAUUCAAUGCUAAAGAAGGUCGUAUUUCCUGUUUCAUGUGGCAGCGCUCCUUCUUCUACAAUAAGGCUAGGUACGGUACCAAUGGAUGGCAUCUUCGAUGGUUCUCCUUCACGAAAGACGGAAUGAAGUCAGUGCCUGAUCGGGUCGAGUUCAAAAAGCAUGGCUUGAAAUACCCCAAGUUCACGCAGAUUGAGUUCGACGAUAAGAGGCAUAUCAUCAGGAUUGAAAACCCGGCUCACUGCAAACGACGGGAAUUUUUCUUCAUGACACCUUCCGACGAGGUCUUCGAUGCCGUAGUCGAUAAGAUGCAGGGUUUGGUAAAGCAUUGGAACAGCGAAGAAGAUAAAGCAGAGGAAGGAACGGCAGCUGGGGAUUCAGAAGCAGAGGACGAGUUCGAAGACUCGGAUCCUCAUGUGGACAUGACAGAAUUUCCAGCUGAUGCGUCCAUUUUGGGAGUCGCCUUUUUUGUUUUCCUUUUCCCACUUCGAUUCAUCAUGCAAUGGACAAUCGGAGACGUCAGGACCCUCGAUAAGGAAGGAAACCCAACCGCAACGCUGGGCAAAGCAUACCUCGCGGCUUUCAUGUGCCUUGUUUGGUUGAUCAUUGGCAGCUACGCAAUGGUGUCUUCCCUCGAGCACCUUGCUGAUCUCAUGGACAUUCCCAAAUCAGUCGUCGGUGUUACUGUUUCUGCAGCAGGUACUUCAUUGCCAAACUACGUUGCUUCGAAAGUGGCUGCUCAGAAAGGUUUCGGGAACAUGGCUGUGUCAAAUGCGUUUGGCUCGAAUACGUUCAACAUUAUGGUCGGACUUGGAUUACCUUGGGUCCUCUACAUUGCUUCGAAUGGCUUCGAGCCCUAUCAUGGAUUGCAUGAUGAUGGCAUCACAAUGUCCGUGAUAAUCUUGGGAACCGUGCUUGCCCUAUUUGUUGUCCUCGUGUUCCCAUUUGGCUUUGUAAUUUAUCGAUGGCAUGGGUUUCUUUUCAUUCUUCUCUAUGUGGCUUAUCUGGCCUAUGCAAUUGGUCAAGUGUACCUCUAAUGAACCACUGUUCCUGUCCCAUUCUUUGCAGCGGAAGCAGUGCGCUAUGGAGCACUGACCGCGAAUGCUUUACGGUAUGACGCGUCAACUGCAACCUGGAGCCUUAGCCUGGAGUCGCUCACUGGGAACCAGCUCAAUGCGAGAAAGAGCGCUCCAGAGCGGUGCGAGGAGACACGAUUGUCGCUCGAGAGCGGUGCUUUCCAUGUAAUGUAAUAAGCGACCGGAUAUGACAAGUUUUAGACAUGUUUACUUG